AUGGAUGUAAAUCAGACGAAACAGGAGCACUUGCUCGCCUUAAAAGUGAUGCGGCUAACCAAACCGACCCUUUUCACAAACCUGCCAGUGACGUGUGAAGAACGAGACCUUCCAGGGGAUUUAUUUGGCCAGCUUAUGAGGGGAGACCCGUCCACCAUAAAAGGAGCCGAGGCCUUAAUGCUGGGAGAGAUGCUCACAUUACCGCAGAACUUUGGGAAUAUUUUUCUGGGCGAGACCUUUUCCAGUUACAUAAGUGUGCACAACGACAGCAACCAAGUGGUCAAAGACAUUCUGGUGAAGGCCGACCUGCAGACGAGCUCGCAGAGGCUCAACCUUUCCGCCUCCAACUCCGCCGUGGCGGAGCUCAAACCCGAGUGCUGCAUCGACGACGUCAUCCACCACGAGGUCAAAGAAAUCGGAACCCACAUAUUGGUUUGUGCGGUCAGUUACACCACUCAGUACGGAGAGAAGCUCUAUUUUCGGAAGUUCUUCAAAUUCCAGGUUUUGAAGCCGCUGGACGUGAAGACAAAGUUCUACAACGCAGAGAGUGACCUCAGUUCUGUGACGGACGAGGUGUUUUUGGAAGCUCAGAUCCAGAACAUCACCACCUCGCCGAUGUUCAUGGAGAAAGUGUCUCUGGAGCCCUCCAUGAUGUACAACGUCACCGAGCUCAACACGGUGGCGUGUGGGGAUCAAGGAGAGUCCACAUUUGGGAAAAUGUCCUACCUGCAGCCCAUGGACACCAGGCAGUACCUGUACUGCCUGAAGCCGAAGCCGGAGUAUGCAGAGAAGGCCGGCGUCAUAAAGGGCGUGACGGUGAUCGGGAAGCUGGACAUCGUGUGGAAGACUAACCUGGGAGAGAGAGGCCGGCUGCAGACCAGCCAGCUGCAAAGAAUGGCGCCGGGCUACGGGGACAUUAGGCUGUCCCUGGAGAUGAUCCCCGACACCGUGAACCUGGAAGAGCCUUUUGACAUCAUCUGUAAAAUCACCAACUGCAGCGAGAGAACGAUGGACCUGGUGCUGGAGAUGUGCAACACCGAGUCCAUCCACUGGUGCGGUAUCUCGGGGCGACAGCUGGGGAAAGUGAGUCCCGGUGCCUCCCUCUCACUGCCCCUCACCGUCUUCUCCUCCAUUCAGGGUCUGCAGAGCGUUUCUGGAUUGAGGCUCACAGACACAUUCCUGAAGAGGACGUACGAAUACGAUGACAUCGCACAAGUGUGUGUGGUCUGCCCGUACACGAGCAACGAGUGUUGA